AGCAACAAUUUCUGAUCAAUGCUCUUCAAAUAUGUUUCUCUUUCAUUUCACUUUCAACAUGCAUUGCAUGCGUUACUUUGUCCUCAAACAUUCAUUUUAUUUUAGUACCAUAUCUAUGUACUAUGUUCAUCACUCUCUAACCAAUUUUUACACCUAUUCAAUAAUCACUCUCUAUUAUCCAAUGUAGUCGGAGAAAGCCCACACUCACACGGUUGUCAUGUUCAAAGUCGUCCGUUUUUUAUAUGUAUUUUUAAUUUUUUAUAGCUCUAUAGAUCAAUAUCAGAUGGUUCAGAACACGUUGACCGCGUGAAUGCGUCUUAUGUUUUUUUUUUUACAACAUUAGGCAUUCCAUGUAUUUGUUUUAUAGGUAAACAAGUUUCCAAUCCUAAACUUGAUUCUCAAACUCUUUAAACUAUGUUUGGAUGAGCAGUGACACUGUGAUUUUGUUAAAACAACGGCAUGUAGUUUCCAAAAAAAUUAAAUAAAGUCAAAUAUCAAAAUCAAAUCUUAUAAAAUUAACUUAUGCAUAAAUACUUGUAAUGAUAACAUGGCCUAGAAUAAAAGUUAAUAUCAAAAUCACACGGCAGGAUUUUUUAUUAGUUUCUUGAAUGAUCAAAUUGAAUUUCACCACCUACUCAGACUAGUCUACUCAUUUAUUUGCUUUUCAAGACUUUUAUGAACUAAAAAAAAUCAAAAUUUGUUUCAUUUCUUUAUUGUCUUGUUGAUGUUCCACUUUCCUCCUCUUUAAUAUAAAAAGAAGCACGUUCAUCUGUCAAACUUUUCCCAAAAAAAAUAUUGAUAGUGAUCAUGGAUGAUGAAGUGAUGAUUACUGAAAUCAGUGCUUCACCUCCUCAUGUUCUUCUCAUAUCUGCUGGUGCCAGCCACACUGUGGCACUUCUCACUGGAAAUGUUGUUUGCUCUUGGGGGAGAGGAGAAGAUGGUCAGUUAGGCCAUGGUGAUACUGAUGACCAACUCUUACCAACAAAACUGAGUGCGUUCGAUGGCCUAGACGUUGUAUCUGUUACUUGUGGAGCUGAUUUUACAGUGGCACGUUCUGCGUCCGGCAGAGAUGUAUAUAGUUGGGGAUGGGGUGAUUUUGGAAGAUUAGGUCAUGGUGAUCAUAGUGACUUGUUCAUUCCUCAUCCCAUCAGAGCAUUGCAGGGUUUAAAGAUAAAGCAAAUUGCUUGUGGGGACUGUCAUUGUUUGGCAGUUACUACGGAAAGCAAGGUGUUGAGUUGGGGGCGGAAUCAAAAUGGUGAACUUGGACUUGGUACCACAAAGGAUUCUCUUGUGCCACAAAAUGUUCUAGCAUUUGAGGGAAUACAUGUUAAAAUGGUUGCCGCUGGUGCUGAACAUAGUGUGGCAAUUACUGAAGAUGGGGAUUUGUAUGGAUGGGGUUGGGGACGAUAUGGAAACUUGGGGUUGGGAGACACAAAUGAUCGCUUGAUCCCUGAGAAAGUGAACGUUGAAGGUGACAAGAUAAUCAUGGUUUCUUGUGGCUGGAGGCAUACAAUAUCUGUUUCAUCUUCUGGUGGAUUAUACACACAUGGAUGGAGUAAAUACGGUCAGCUAGGUCAUGGAGAUUUUGAGGAUCGUCUUGUGCCUCGUAAGGUUGAAGCAUUGAGUGAUAAAUUCAUUUCUCAGGUAUCAGGUGGAUGGAGGCAUAGUAUGGCACUCACGUCUACUGGACAACUUUUCGGCUGGGGUUGGAAUAAGUUUGGACAGGUUGGAAUUGGUCACAAUUUCGAUUGCUCCUCUCCCAUGCUAGUGAACUUUCCUCGUGCUCAGAAAGUGGUUCAGAUCUCAUGUGGAUGGAGACACACGGUUGCUGUUACUGAUCGCGCAAAUGUAUAUUCUUGGGGAAGAGGUGCAAACGGACAACUUGGGCAUGGUGACACCUUAGACCGAAAUGUUCCAAAGAUUAUUGAUGCCUUCAGCGUUGAUGGAUGUAGUGAGCAGCACAUAGAAUCCUCAAAGUAUCCAUCAGCAGGGAAACCACUUGCCUCCUUUUCAGAGAGAUACGCAGUUGUUCCAAAUGAAACUGCCAUGGGAUCACAAGCCAGUACUUCAGAUAAGGGUGACAAGUUUGAUGCUAAUGUCCCUGAAAAUGAUGUCUCAUUUGAUGGUAUCCCAUUAAUUAAUCAGUUCUAGACAAUGAUGUAGGAGACUUACAAACACAAGGAGGAGCUGGUGAUAAGUGCUUUUUAGUGGUUGUGUGAAAAAUAUGGCUAUGGAGUAAUAUUUCCUAUAUAGUAGUAGUAGUUGUACAUAAUAAUUACUCCAUAAUUUAUUGCUUAAUAUGAGGGAGUAUUGUCCACUCUUUUGAAAACAUGAAUGAGAAUGGUUGGAACAAUUAUGUGUUUGUUUUGAUGGGCCUUGAUAAUCUGAGUUUGUGGCUUCUUUCAAUAGAAAAGUUUACCUCAUACCCCCCCUCA